AUGGAUUCCAGCAAGCCCCAUGCGAACGGGGUGCAACCUCCCAAGCCAGUACUUUUCUUUGACAUCGAUAAUUGCUUGUACCCCAGAAGCUCGAGGGUCCAAGAUCACAUGGCACAACUCAUCGACGAGUAUUUUGCGAAGCAUCUUUCUCUCUCCUGGGAAGACGCAGUGAAGCUGCAUAAGGAGUACUACACCAACUAUGGUCUAGCCAUCGAGGGUCUCGUGCGACACCACCAGAUUGACCCUCUGGAGUACAACUCCAAGGUCGACGAUGCGCUGCCCCUCGAGGACAUCCUGAAGCCCAACCCUGAAUUGCGUCAACUUCUCGAGGAUGUCGAUAAAAGUAAAUGCACAAUGUGGCUAUUGACAAAUGCUUAUGUCAACCACGCCAAGCGUGUCGUGAAGCUGUUGGGCAUCGAGGACCUCUUCGACGGCCUGACCUUUUGCGACUAUGGACAGCAGCCGCUGGUCUGCAAGCCUGCCAAGGAAAUGUUCCUGAUAGCCAUGCGGGAAGCAGGCGUCGACAAGAUGGAGGAUUGCUACUUCGUUGAUGACUCGUAUCUGAACUGCCAGAAAGCCCAAGGCUAUGGCUGGAACGUGGCACACCUGGUGGAGGAGGGCCUGCCUGUGCCGAAAACGCCGGCAUCUGCGCAUCAGAUCCGGCACCUGGAAGAACUCCGAGACGUUUUCCCUCAAUUUUUCAAGUCAAAGAACACUUAG